CUCCCUCCUCAGUCUCCAGGUGGCGCAGCUCCCUAUCCAGCCCCUCUCCAACCUCCUCCCCCGGCCUUCCUCUGAGUCGAGUGGCCGGAGUGUCCCCCCUCACUUCCUCCCCUUGUGCCAAACCCUUCUCCACCCUCCAGUCAUCGGAAAGACACGUUUCGUCCCUCUCCUCCCCAUUCCACCACCGGACGAUGAGUCCUGCAGGGAAGGAUCUCUCCCCCUUUUCUGAGAGGACUCCCACGUUCUUCCCCGCGCCGCGCAAAGGCCGCAGCCUCCGGCGCUGCGCCCUCAGCCCGCAGUCGUCCAUGGACAGCGACUUCGGCUCUUCAGAGGUGGACGACGACUCCAUCUCUCUGGGAUACAAACUGCAGGACCUCACGGACGUCCAGGUCAUGGCCCGCCUGCAGGAGGAGAGUAAGUUAUAGGC